CCUAAUUAUAAUGCCGGUGCUGAUUGGAUUGUGGCGCUGCAGCUCCGCUCUCUUCCGUAUUUGGCUGUAGUCAUGCCUGCCUGCUCCAGCCCUUGAUCCCCGCCUUCCUCGUGUUGGGCAGUUUGUGUAAUGAUGGCGUCCGAAGUCUUGCAGUCUGUCCCGGAGGUGGAGAUUGAUCCCGAUGGGCAAUUUAAGUACAUUCUAGUACGGCUGCAGCAGAGCGGAGGCGGCUCUGAGACCCGAGAUAUUGUGCGGGGUACCAGCAGUGCCGAGUUCCACAAUCACAUUUUUGAGAAGCUGGCCCCGGUGAUGGAGAAGCUGGGCCUUGAGUGCAAGUGCCUUGGCGGAGGCAAGAUUGAACACAGGAGUGCAGAAAAGAAGCUCCGAGUUUUUGGUUUGUCAACGGGAUACGGGAAAGCUGACCAUUCCGUCACCGUUGAAAAACUUAAGAAGGUAUACCAGGACUAUGAGAUAACAUGGUCAGAUGACAAAAAGUAAAUCAUUGCUGGAAGGCUGAGUCAUGAAACUUGCUUUUGGGAAGCUUUUUAUCCUCCUGUUUGUAUGUCAUUCAGUGUAGCCUUCACUAAGGCAGACAGACUGGAUAUUUUGCAGAUGAACUUUGUUUUUGAGGCUGAUUUUGUAAUCAGUUUUAGGGAUGACAGUGUGGGCUUUCUGUUGACGUUAUAUGUCUGUCAUGGCUAAGUUUCUCACAGUAAGGGGAAUAAAUGAACUUACUUGCAGAAGAAUCUCUUCCCUCUAUUUGACCCUUCUGUGGCUGGUGAGAGCCAAUAAAUGUGUUGUAUCAUAGUACUUUUUGUAGUCCCAGUAAUUGCUCAUUAAAAAAAAAAAACUUUACUGUUAAGUAUCCAAGUUGAAAAGGGUUCUUAUGUUCAAGAAAAAGUGUAGGCUGUACUGACACAAAACAUGGCAUUGCUUUUUAAUGUGACAACCAGUUUUGUUUUUGUACAAAGUGUGCAGUUAAUAGCAAUGUUUAGUAUGACUUUGUAUCUUUCAUUUAAUAGCACUGUAUCUUGAAUGUUGGCUUUUGGUAAACCAAGCAGUAGUUUGAAAGGUUACAUUUUCAAUAAAUAAGUUUCCUUCCAAAAAUAAUGUA